CACGCUUGAGUCUACUGAAAUUCCAAAACACAGAGAAGCUCUGUCCCAGUCUUUCAUGGAGAUCGAGCUCGCUACUCGUUGAUAGAGAGACAGUUGGAUUUUCCUCAUUGGGCGUUUAGGCGGUUAUGUAAGCACCACUGAUCGGAUGUUAUAGGUUGUUGUAGGCAUGAGUAACAAUGAGAGUUUCGUUGAUGUUGAGUCGGGUGAAGAAGACUAUUGCAACAUGGAGGAGACAGAAGACUUUGAAACCACCAGAGAAACGUAUGGAGCAGAUGGCCCUUUUGAGUACAAUGGGAAAAGUUUUCGUGAGCUGACACUCAAGGACUUUGAUGGGACUUAUUUCGAUACUGUUGAGGAUGCUGAAAAGUUCUAUGAAAUUUAUUCUGCUGCACUUGGGUUCCGGAUAAGGAGAUUUAGGUGUGAGAAGGACCUGUCUGGCACUAUCCGAAGAAGAGGGUGGGUGUGUUCCAAAGAAGGUGAAAAGAGACCAGCUAGAAAGAAAGAAGUACGGGCGGCUUCGUGCAAAACUCGUCCACCCAGGUCCAGCAUGAGAGAGAAAUGUAUGGCUGCAUUUGGUGUCAAGUAUUCCGAGGAACUUGCUGCUUAUUACGUGAAAUAUUUUACUACUCAGCACAGCCACGAGUUAUUACCAGAGUCUAACAAGGCGAAAUCGCUAAUUUCUCAUUGUGUUGGCAAGAAAUUGGAUUUGGCACAGGCAAUUGCAAUGCCCAAAGCCAAUGACACAAUCCAAACCUCUGCUGCAAAUGAUAAUCACCCAUCAGGUGGAAAUGACUGUGGGGGUUCAACUACAGAAUUGGAUUUGGCGCACGCAGUUGGAUUACGCAAAGACAGAGAGUCGAUCCAAACAUCUGAUGCAUAUGCAUAUCACCCAUCAGGUGGAAAUGAGUUUGUGGAUUUAACUACAGUAUCGGAUUUGGAGCAGGGAGUUGCAAGGCGCAAAGGUUCCGUUAACUCUGCUGCUGCAUCUCAGCAUAUGGUUGAACCAGCAGGUGGACUUGCUUUUGGGAGUACUAAUAGAUCGGAUCUGGGGCAGACAGUGCCAAUGCACCAAGACUCAAUCACAAACUCUUCUGCAUAUGAGUAUAUAGUUCAUCCAGCAGGUGGAUAUGAGUUUGUCGAUUUAAUGAGGAGGGAGUUGUAUAAUAAGGUGGACGUAGAACACCGAGAAGCUUUGUUGAAUGGUGACGCACAAGCGGCAAUUGCCUUUAUGAAUGCAAGGGCUGCAGAAGAUCCCGAUUUCUUUUGUAAAUUCUGCGUGGAUGAACGAGGCAGGCUUGGAAAUUUGUUUUGGAGAGACUCAUGUUCAUCGCUGGACUACGCUAGGUUUGGGGAUGUAUUGAUCUUCGAUUGCACAUUCAAGACAAACAUUUACCAGAGGCCGCUUGCUGUGUUUGUUGGUGUAAAUAACCAUCGGGGUACUGUAUUAUUUGGAUCUGCAAUACUGGUUGAUGAUACCAUUGAUACCUACAAGUGGGUUUUGCGAACAUUUUUGGGUGCGAUGAAGGACAAAAAACCAAGAUCGGUUUUGACUGACGGGGAUGACAAAAUUCAAAACGCCGUUGCUGAACUUUUUCCUAAGGCCCGACAACGUCUAUGUUCAUGGAACAUUGAGAAGAACUUGGCUACUAUCAUUAAGGAUCCGGACGUGGAGAAAGCUUUCAGUCAAUUUUUAUACAAUGCUAUACCACCAGAUGAGUGGGAACUGGGCUGGAAGUCUAUGGUAGAGACCUAUGGGCUUCAAGACAAUUCAUGGAUUAAUAUGAUGUACCACAGGCGCAAGAGAUGGGCAGAAGCAUUUUUUAAGGGUCAUUUUUUUGGUGGAAUGAGUAGCAUGCAACGUUGCCAGGGGAUCCAUAGGAAUCUGGAGAAUGCAGUCGAUAGCUGACAUCUUCACUCAUGACAUCUACCUGCUGAUAAUGCACCAGAUAGAUUGGGAGAGAAAGUACAUAAUCACCAAGUCUGAGCCAUAUGCAGGACGGGACGGUAAAGUGUUUCACCUGACCCAAUAUGACUUGCCGCACAGGCAUUGGACUGUUAACUACCACCAUAAUAUAAGCAAAGUGUGGUUCUUGUGUUCAUGCAAACUAUUUCAGUCGGACGGAAUCCCUUG